UACAUCACAGUUCUUUCUAAUUCUUCCACAUAGUAGUUGCAUAAAGUAUGAGUUCCUUCCAAGUUAUCUCCACCACUAUAAUCCAUGCACAAAAUCACACAAAUGAUCAUACAAUCGAUCUAACACCAUGGGAUCUACAAUUCCUCCCAUAUGGAGUCAACCAAAAAGGCCUUCUUUAUCACCACCCUUGCAAAUUAGAUACCACAAAUCAAAUCCAACGCCUCCAACACUCUCUUUCCUCUACCCUUGAAUUUUUUCCACCUUUCACAGGUCGUCUCAAAAUCACGAAACACGAAGAUAACACUAUCUCAUGUUCUAUACUGUGUAACAAUGAAGGUGCACUCUUUAUUCACGCCGAAGCAAAAAAUAUUAGUGUUUCCGACAUUCUUGAACCUAUUUAUCUUCCUCGUGUUGUAUACUCAAUUUUUCCACUUGGCAAAGUCAAAAACUAUGAAGGGACAUCACAACCAUUACUUGCUGUCCAAGUAACAGAGUUAACUGAUGGCAUAUUCAUUGGUUGUACAGUCAACCAUGUGGUCGCUGAUGGUAACUCAAUUUGGCAUUUCAUCAAUUCAUGGGCCGAAAUUUCAAAGGGGGCUCUUCAAAUAUCGAAAACCCCAUCAUUCGAACGAUGGUUUCCAAAAGGUAUUCAACUUCCCAUUCGUUUUCCUUUCAUAGUGGAACCACAAAAUAAUAUUUCUAAUGAUGAUAAUGAUGAAGAAGAAUCACCCAACCACUCAGAGAGAAUGUUUCAUUUUACAAAAGAGAAUAUAGCCAAACUAAAAUUCAAAGCAAACUUAGAGGCUGGUACAAAGAACAUAUCUUCAUUGCAAGCAGUUUUCACUCACAUUUGGCGCUCUAUUAUACGUUGCAAAAACCUUGACCCGCAAGAAAAAGUUAAUUAUAUGAUGGUUAUAGGCGUUAGGCCAAGGUUUAUUCCUCCGUUGGAAAAGAAUUAUUUUGGUAAUGCUGUCAUAGAUUGUGAAGUUACCAUGAAAGUUUGUGAAUUGUUGGACAACGACGGACUUGGUAAAGGUGCUUGGGAGAUGAACAAGAUAAUCGCUUUGUACUCUGACGAGAAGUUGAAAAGUCGUUAUGAAAAUUGGUUAACAACUCCUAGUUUUGCUCGCCAUGGUGUUGUGACAAAUAGUAAUUCAUUGGCGCUUGGUAGUUCGCCUUGGUUUGAUGUUUAUGGUAAUGAUUUUGGUUGGGGAAAACCAGUGGCGGUUCGUAAUGGAGGUGCGAAUAAAAGAAAUGGAAAGAUUUAUGUGUGUGCUGGAGCAGAAGAAGGUAGUAUGAAUUUUGAAGUUUGUCUUCCUUAUGAUAUUUUGGAAGCAAUUGGAAAUGAUUCUGAAUUUAUGGAUGCUGUGUCUAGCUAAUUUUCGAUAUACCAUUUCAUUUUAAGUGUUUUUGUGUAACAUGAAUAAUGAUGCCGAAGUCUCAAUUAGUUUUGUAUUUUUUUCAUAGUGUAAGCAAGGUUUGAUGUUUCCAGUUUGUAGCUUGGACUAAGUUGUAGUAUGUAUGUUUGGUAAGAACUCAAUUUUAAGUGAUUAGAGUAUAAAUAAAUAAAUAAUAAAGUAUGUUUGUAUUUUCUUAAAUAUCUUAAUAUUUAGU